GAGCUCCCAGCAGCUUUUCUCGUCUGUGCUGUGGAGGAGACGCAGGAGAGCACACACACAUUGGACACAGACACACACACACAUGCACACACGGUCGCUGCAUCCUGUGACUUGAAACAAAAGAAACUUUGUGCCAAUUGCCAAAAGCAAGGUGAAGAAAUGACGAAGGGACUUUGAACACAACACUUUUUUCUGUAAAGACAACAGGGUCGGACUAUGCGCGAAUUUCCCAAUCAGAACAACCGUUUUUGACAACGUUGUGUCCUUUUUGACACACAUUUGGAGAGCUGGAUUUUGGAUGAGACCUUGCUAGUUUACUUUGACAGAUUCUUUUGAGUGUGGGGGGAAGAGAGUUGAUAAAUCUACAGGGAUUUUGGAGACAGAAGACAUGGCAACAUUUAUCAUCUGCGGGAUUAUUCUACUCAAGGUUGUCUUUGGGGAUGCCUGCGCCAGUGGACAGUUCACCGAAUCAGGCCAGUGCUGCAGUUUGUGUCCUGUGGGCUUUGGAGUGUCAGUGGAGUGUGGAAAAGAGGACACCAAAUGCACACCGUGCCCACAGGGAACUUUUUCCUCUUUGGAAGACCUUGGACACUGCCUCCCUUGCUCGCAGUGCCCGUACGGCGUCCCCACACUGUCAUCCUGCUCCGUCACUGAAGACACACAAUGCGAAUGCGACAGCGGCUUCUUCUACCUCCGAUCCUACGGCCUGUGCGCGCCGUGUUCCAAAUGCAACCGUGGCGAGGGGGCGGUCCAGCAGUGCGGCCCCAUGGGGGACACGCUGUGCCGGGUCUGCGGUCCUGGAACCUUCUCUGAAGAGCACCAUAAUACCAAACCAUGUCAAACAUGCACACAGUGCACGGACAGCGAGGUGGAGAUCCGGGCCUGCAUGCCCAACUCGGACACACUCUGCAUGGAUAAAAAGCUGCACGUUCUCUCUGAUGGGUCCCGUGAUGCUCCGAGCUGGUCCGGUGUCGAAGAUGUGACACAAGGGGGAGGCAGCUCUGCCCCUGGAACGCCAAAGUUGACCCCCCAGGAUGGGAAUGGCAGCAACAACAUCCUGGCCUACGUGUCUGUACCAGCUGCAGUGGUCCUGGGCCUGCUGGUCUAUGUUGCGUACAAAUGCUGGAGAUCGUGUAAACAGAAGAAGGCUUUGUCCAAGGCCCGCGCCGCCGAGCUGGGAGCGUCACCAGAAGGAGAGAAGCUACAAAGUGACAGCGGAGUUUUCCUCGACUCGCACAGCCUGCAAGACAAUCAGCCCUGCAAAGGCACAAAGAGGGACAGCAAGCAGGACACCCGCCUGUACAUCAACCUGGCCCCCCACAGACAGGAAGAGGUGGAGCGCCUCCUGCAGGAGGGAGCGGGCCGGGGUUGGCGUCAGCUGGGUCAAGCCCUGGGCUAUGAUCCCGAACAGCUGGACCUGUUUGGACGCGGCGAGGCUCCCGCUCGCACGCUCCUCUCCAACUGGGCCGUGAAGGAAGGCUCCACUCUGGGACUGCUGUGCUCUGCGCUGGCUCGCAUCGAGAGGCCCGACGUGGUGUCGGCUCUCAACUGCCCCACGCAGGGCGUCUCGGUGGUGUGAAUAAACCAAGCCGCUCCCACCCCCCCAACCUGCACCACUAUGACUACAGAGCACGACAGCUUUCAUUUAGUCUUACUGGACACUUAUGAGUCUUUUUAAUGAACAAAAAAUAGCGUUAUAGCCACAAGGUGCCUUUUUUUGCUGAUGGAGUGCCUUCACAUCAUCAUCAUCAUCGGCGAGACUCAGUAUUACCUGCCUCAUUUUUACUAAUAAUUGGGGGUGUCACAAGAUUAAAAUGCGACAAGUGGGCAUGUUGUGGGCACUAGACCUGCGGCGAUAAGAAAAUCAACCAAUCAAUCACACAAUAAAUGAAAAUAAACGCAAUCAUUUUGCCGGCCUCAAUACAUCGCCAUGUGCAUGCGUGUCUGUUUUCCUCGUCUCCUGCCUCCAAACAGGCAGGAGGAGGGUUCACUCUGUGCAUUGUUUUCAGCACCUUGUUCCAUAGAACAACGGCAUGAACGCAGUGAGCCCUUUUGUCAGUCAUACAGUCUAUCUGUCUAGGUGGGCGGAGGCGGGGCCGCCAGCGUACACACAGAGAGCACAGGAGUGUAUCCUUCUCAGGAGCAACGCAAAGCAACGCUCCUCAAAAGCAAUGGUCAAAUCUGGCAUCGCCUCGUCUUGUGAACCGAGUGUCUCGUGACCCCCCUACUCAUAACUGACCUGCAAUCGUGUUUACAUGAGUGCUACUCACUAAAAUGUGCCGUAUCACUUCACACUCCACAUUUUCCAUGCUGGGAUCAUGUCCACAUAAUAUGAAUAAGAGUCCGCUAAUCAUGCCUUUUAUCGUUUGUAUUUGCAACUUUCUUAAAGAGCAGAGUUUCGGCAGAUUUAUAGUCAAUUUCUCACAUAACAAUGUGCCAAUACUUCAUUCAUAAUAUAAUUACUGACAUUAAAACACUUGAAGUCUCCUUUCUAUAGUAACCACGUUGAGACAACGAUGCCACAAAGUGUUGGUAUUUAUUUCAGUGGAGCGUAUACUUAACCGAAGCAGUUUAGCGGAGGACUGUUAUGUAACAUAAACACUAUUUUGAAGCUCUUCCUCGCUGUGUACAAUGACUGUAAAUAAACGUGUGAGGUGGUUUUUAUGAACAGCCAAGAAAGGGACUUAGAACACAACACGCCUUCCCUUCUCACUUUUUUUUUUGUAUUUAUUUGACCGUCACGUUUAAAUGUCAGCCUUCCUUUCCUCCAAGGCAUCUUAUCUGUGUGUGCAACACUGUGAUGGCUUCAGAUGAUCAUGCCAGGCCUCUAUGGUAUUUUGUGUAUAUUUUUCAUAUUGGUACUUUGUUCGUUUUUUGCUCAUUUAAUGAA